AACCCUGUCCACCUUGUCUGCCCUGUUCGGGUUCAAGGCCUGGACCUUGACAAUGAAGAGAUGAACAACAACCCCUGCGCUUGGCAUAUAUCCUAUCUAAAUUGAUUGAUGAAAUAUUCGAAGCUGGCGACAAGACAACCAUACCUUUAACUGAAAUCCAAGGUACUUGAGGUUUCAACAUCCACCUUGAGAUUGUAAUCAUCAUUGGUCUGAAUCUCAGUUCAAGCCCCCUUUUGGCUGUUUCCCGGUCGCAAGAUCGUUGCGCUGGAAGCAAUUCAUAGAAAUGUCGGCCUAGUUUUAACGAUCGACGUAUCUCUCCGACUUUCGAAUCAUCGAAGCCUUCCUUCCCGAUUAUCGUGACGUGCCUCGCUGUACCAGAUUGCUAUAAUUCAAUAAUUCAAAUCGAAUCAUGGCACACCAUUCUUCAACUUCAUCCGCCAUUGUUCACUCGCUCUUUGGCGGCCCUACCAACCCUCACAAUCCCCCUCCUGCUCCCAACGCACCCUCCUCCGUUACACCCUCGAUCUCGAAUGUUCCGACUCCCGUAUCCGGCGCAUCUACAAUGUCUUCCAAUAACACAUUCGUCAUGCCCAACUCUCCUAUGAAGAGUCGGCCAAUCAUGGAUGGUUACCGACCCAAGGUCACACGAACCCUUGGCCAACUGCCAGCUUGUUUGGUCAACGCCUCGGUUACGUAUUGUGGAAACAACCAGAUCUAUGCUUUUGGUGGAUUCGACCAAUACACAGAUGAAGUCUAUAAUCACGUGCUGAAACUAGAUCUCGUCAGCCACCAAUGGAGUCUAGUAGAUAACUACGGAGAUAUUCCUGGCGUGAGAAUGGGACACACUGCGACCUUGUACGAAGGCGACAAACUCCUGGUUUUUGGCGGCGAGAAUGAGCAUAGGACGUAUCUCUCAGAUCUCAUCGUCUUUAACCUGAAGACUGCCCACUGGUACCAACCUGCAACUUCCGGUCCUGUCCCGAAAGGUCGGGCUAGGCAUGCUGCUGUCUUACACGAGGACAAACUAUUUAUCGUAGGUGGUAUUACCGGCCACGAGAGCUACGUCUCGGAAGAUAUCUGCUAUCUAGAUUUGAAGACUUACACUUGGUCGAGAUCAUGGCGUUUCGUCCCUAGGUUUGAUCAUUCAGCAUAUAUAUGGGGCGAUCGCGUGUGGGUAUUUGGAGGAAUGAGUAGGGAUAUGGACAAAGUUAGUGACUUGUGGUGGCUAGAUCUAAAGGGCAGUCCGGACUUCGAGUCCCCGCCCCAAAUUGGAAGCACAGCCGAUAGGCAUGCGCCGCCUAGUCGUUCAAGCGAUUCUCCACGGGCUCCCUACGCUAUCGGACCACCUCCACCUAUUGGAGCCCAAGGUUUUGCGGCCAACAUCCGGACAGCCCAGGUCAAUACACCUUCGUUCCAUCUAAAGAGACAGGUUCCUAUGGCACCCGGCCCAAUCUCAGCUCUGAGAUUUGUCGCUGGAGAUAAUAUUCCAUCUCAAGGUCUUGGGAUGCAUUUUCAUAUUUACUCGUCUGGCACCCUUUUAGAUUUCCUUACUCCGGCUCAGACUAUUACUUCGAAGGAGUGUUCUUUAUCAGCUUUAGAUCUUAAUACCCUACGGUGGCAGAAAUUAGCUGAAGGUCGUGAGAUUUUCAAGUCGGGUUACCAAUGGAACUACUGCACUAUGAACGAGGAUGGCACGAAAGCCUGGUUAUUGGGUUGCCCUACUGAUGUCAUCAACGACAUGGGCCCGAACGGAUUCGAAGAGUAUCUGAGUGAUAUUAUGGAGAUCGAUCUACGACGCUACGGCUUUUUAGGAAAUAAUGCUAUGCCAGAGUCACGAACGGAGUUUGCUAGACCGAGUUCUCAUGCUCGAGUUCCAGAUCAGCCAUCGAAAGGGCUUGGUCAUGAUCUUGCGAAACUUUUCAACCAACCUCCAGAGAACGGAAGCGGAACUGACUUUAUCAUAACUGCUCUUGCUGGCGACUACGACGAUGACGACAUGAUGGGCUCCAGCCUUAUACGAGCAGGAGAAUCCCCAAUGGAUCAGAAUUGGCUUACGCCGGAUGCUCCCACUUCUGCUCCUAUUCACGUGCACAAACUUAUCCUUCAAGCUCGAUGGCCACAUUUUGCGCGUUUGUAUAAUGCGCAAAUGGCAGAAUUCCAUACGAAGAAGAUGCAUAUUCCAGAGCCUUACACCGUAGUUAAGGCAUUCCUCUAUUAUCUUUACACAGAUAGUAUUCACGCUGAUGACGGUGUGACCGACCUCUCAGAUGUUGCUGGAUUAUUGGUGAUGUCAAAUAUCUACAACAUUCCGCAUCUACGACUACUCUGCGUCAACCGAUUAUCAAAGGAGCUUGAUGUGGAACAUGCAUGCAUCAUUUGGUAUUGCGCUGGACUAGCGAGCGAGGAUUGGCUACGCAAGAGAGCCGCAUCGUUUUGCCUUACACACUGGGGUCGCAUAGUACGCACCCAGGGCUUCCUACGCUUACCACGGUCUGCCUUGGUCGAGUUGUCACAGGAAAUCGACAUGGAAGGUCGAGUUGUCGCAGGUGAAGAGCUCGAAUACGUCGACAACUGCCGCGGUCGAUUCGACACCUCAGGCGUCUCAAGAAAAGAUAGCAUCAGUAGUGACCACACGCAAGCCCUCCCUUCAGACGUUGAGGAUUCAGAGGGUAUGGACCUCGCUUGAAUACCUAUCUGUCCAACUACCGAUUGCUUUAGCGGGUUUUUACGAUAUUGAAUAACGCGUUUGUUUGUUUUGCCGGGUUUCAGCUUUUUACUUUGACUUUCAAAAGGGGGACUUGAACAAUUUUUAUGGAUAUCGAAGGGGAGAUAACACCUGGUGUGUAUCUCCUCGCUACGAAGCAAUGGAAAUGAGUUUUUUUUUCUUUUCGGUUUGUUAUUCGAAACAAUAAGGUCAAAUACCACCAGCCUGUGUAGAGGUCGGACUUAAGAGCAUGGCUUCGGCGUUUAGGAGUGGUGGAUGGAUGUGGUUGAGGGAGGCGAAGUAAGGGAUAGGGAUUCAUCGAUGGAUGGAAGGGAGGAUAGUUACAGUUACAGUGAUAGAUGGCCUACUUAAUUCUCGUGGGUCUUGAUAGGUACAGCGGUUACUGCUAUUGUUUGAAUACCUAACUAUCUACCCACAUGAUCCACCAGCAAGCUACUUCAAAUUACUUAAAGAUGCUAGCCGAUCGGUUUCAUUUUCAGAUUGAUUGUAUAUGCACUUAAUACUAUUGGC